GGCUGCACUAACACUAUAUCAUUCCAAUAGGCUGCCAGUUGCAGUUAUUCUACACAUUGAUUUAUCUCCAUACUAUAAGAAAAAUGCUAGUGUGUCUCUCUGUUAUCCAUUCAUGAGUGGACUCAUCCAGAAUCCAUCGUUAUUCGAUUUCUUUCCACGUAACGGGACCGGAAGAUAUUUUGAGAAGGCGACCAAAGAUAUUUCCAUUCUUGUGCUAAAAUCUUUAAGGCUUUGCUUAACCCCCUCAUAAUCGAUAACAAAUACUCAAACCUUCAACUAAUUGCCACAAGCCAGAGAUAAGAGCCAGCAGGAACACUAAGCAUGGAAUCCUCCACAUUUGUCCGAGCUUCUCAAUUCUCCUUGUUCCCGGCCAAACACCAUAGCGCAAACAGGGCUACUCUUCUCUUCAAGCCCUGGAAACCAACAACAUCUCAUUCCACGACACUCCAAUGCCACAAGAUGUAUGUGCCCGGAUUUGGAGAAGCCUCUCCAGAAGCCAAAGCAGCAAAACACCUGCACGACUUUUUCACCUACGUUGCCGUUAGAAUUGUCAGUGCGCAGCUUCAGAGCUACAACCAAGAGGCGUAUGCAGAUAUGAUGCAGUUCUUGGAAAGACACUCGCUGAACGAUGGGGAUAAGUUUUGUGCUGACUUGAUGAGGGAAUCCUCCAGGCACAAAAGUUUAGCUCUGCGCAUACUAGAGGUCCGAUCCGCAUAUUGCAAGAGCGAUUUUGAAUGGGACAACUUGAAACGAUUGUCAUUGAAGAUGGUGGAUGACCGUAAUACAAGACUGAUGAGGGAUUACGUGUCGGAAACAAGUUCCGUGAAGAGCGAAAGUGAGAAGUAAUCUCCCCUCAGCCUCAAACCAGACAUAAGCAAAUUACUGCUCUGAAAUGUUGUCUUAUGUUAUGUAGUAUAUGUGUGUGUCUGUGUACUAUAUAGAAACUGGAAAUCAGAGCAGCGUCUAGUU